AUGCCCGUCUUCACCGAAUAUUCCUCCGCGUCGCGUGAACUCCGCGUCCUCCCUUCAUUUGCACCACCACUGCCCCGUCUGGCACCCUCUGUUCCUCUGGACAGCAAGACAGAGAAGUAUGAGGUUGUGAUCGUAGGAGCUGGUCCGGCAGGACUUAUGCUGGACCUCCUACUCGCGCGAUACGGACUCAGCGACGACUCCCUCCUAUGCGUCGACUCCAAGCCAACAACACUCAAGUCCGGGCAAGCCGAUGGCCUUCAGCCACGCACUCUGGAGACACUGAAAUCAUUGGGCUUGGCAGACGAAAUUUUGACCGAGGGUUGUCAGAUGUGGCAGGUUGCCUUUUGGAACCCAUCUGCCGAUAAAGACAAGAUCAUCGAACGUACCUCCAUCGUAUCCGACGUCGCUGUUCCAGCCCGUUUCCCGCACGAAGUCACAAUCCACCAAGGUCGAAUUGAGCGAAUCCUAGAAACAGAUUUGCUCCGGUAUUCGAAGCGAGGUGUGCAGCGCAACACAAAGCUCAUCGACGUGAAGAUCGAUGAGGAGGGCGAUGCGGAAUACCCCGUCUUGGCAGAGAUCGAAACAGACGGUCAGCGUCGCACCGUGCGCUCGAAGUACUUGGUCGGCGCUGAUGGCGCGCACUCAAUGGUUCGUCGUUGCAUGGGACUUACACUCGAGGGCGAAUCACUUGAUCAUAUCUGGGGUGUGGUGGAUCUUAUUGUGGAUACUGAUUUCCCUGAUAUCAGACGCCGUUGUGCUAUUCACUCUCCUGCUGGAUCUGUGAUGGUUAUUCCGCGUGAGCGUACCGCGACUGGUGAUUAUUUGACGCGAUUAUAUGUCCAGGUGCCUGGCGAUGUGGACCCGGAUAACGAUCAGCAGGCGGGUGAUACCAGAGCGCGGAGAAGUAAAGUGACUGAGAAAACUAUUUUUGAAAAUGCUGCUAAGGCAUUUAAGCCAUAUUAUAUCCGACCGAAGACGGAUGGUGCUGUUGACUGGUGGGCGGCUUACCAGAUUGGACAGCGUGUUACCGAUAAUUUUGCGGUGAAGGAUUCGAAUGGUGUGAAUCGGGUAUUUAUUGCUGGAGAUGCUUGCCAUACACACAGUCCAAAGGCUGGCCAAGGAAUGAACGUGUCCAUGAUGGACUCAUACAACCUGGCAUGGAAACUCGCAUACUCAAUUCACGGUCUCACUCCCGCAUCCGUCAGCGGACAACCCGACCCUAUCCUCGACACAUACCAAGCUGAGCGUCACACCAUUGCCCAAGAGCUGAUUGAAUUCGACCGCGCCUUCUCUUCUAUGUUCUCUGGUCAGAUUGGUGCAUCAGAGGACGGCGUCGAAGGAUUGACCCACGAAGAGUUCCUCGAAGUAUUCAGUCGUGGCAAUGGAUUCACCAGCGGGUGUGGAAUUGAAUAUCCCGAAAACAUGGCCGUAGUCCGGAAUUUGAACGGUGACAAAAACCCAAUCAGCGGCACUGACUACCUGUCUGGACUCCUGCGCCCAGGCAGAAGGCUAUUGAAUGUGCGCCUUGUUCGACAUGCUGAUGGGUACCGCCGUGAUUUACAAGACGACUUCACUUCCAUUGGUCGUUUCCGUAUCCUGUGUCUAACAUCCUCGGAUCUGCUGAAUCCCCAGGGGAUUUCCGCUCGUACGCUAGCCGCUCUUGGUGCUAUCAUUCCUCGGUUCCCACAGACUGUUCUUGAGCAGGUUGUCGUUCACCCGAAACUUGAAAAAGAUUUUAUGUGGAAUGAAAUUCCAAGGGAAUUGAAGCAGUACUCCGAGAUGUCAUUCUAUAAUGGAUAUGAGCUGGAUGAUGUUUAUAGCACCUUUGGCGUUGAUCCAGCUCUAGGUGCGCUGGCUGUUGUUCGACCAGAUGGAUAUGUUGGCGUUGUAGCAGAAUUGGGUGACGUCAGGCGUGUGGAGCAAUAUCUGAAGACAUUAAUUCGCACAAUUUAG